AACGCCCCUCCCCUCCUCACUCCUCCCUCGCUCCGCUCUCCCCACACCCCCCUUCACACCAAAUUUCCUCUUCCGCCUCUGCCUCCCUCCCCGCCUGCGCCUGCGUGCGCCUCCCCUUCCCCCAGCGCCCAUAUAAUCCGGGCCGGCCGGCUGGGUCCCCCCGCGGAUGGGCUCGCUCCCGCGGGGCUAGGGUUUGGUCGGUCGGUCGGCUGGUCGGCGUCGGGGGCGCCGGCGCUGCUCCCCCUGCAUCCCUCCCUCGCCCGCCCGCUCCUCUCGCGCGCCGCUAGGGUUCCCCCAUGGUGCUGCAGCGCUUCUCGUGGCCGUACGGCGGCCGGCACGCCUCCUUCUGCGGCAGCUUCACCGGGUGGAGGGAGUACCCCAUGGCGCUGGUCGGGACCGAGUUCCAGGUCGUCUUCGAUCUGCCCCCCGGGGUUUACCAGUACCGAUUUUUGGUUGAUGGUGUCUGGAGGUGUGAUGAGUCGAAACCUUUUAUGCGUGAUGAAUAUGGACUGAUCAGCAACAAGGUGCUUGUGGAAAACAAUGCACAACCAGUUGCGCAGCCAGAGCCUUCUCCAAUCAGAGGAAUUAAUAUGGAUGAGGGUACCAUUUUGACAACAAUGCCUCCAGAGCCUUCAUCUCAAAACCCAGGCAUGCAAAUAGCAGUUUUCCGCCAUGGGAUCUCUGGAAUAUUAUUACAUAAUACCAUAUAUGAAGUUGUUCCUCUUUCUAGCAAGUUAGCAAUUUUGGACACUCAGCUUCCUGUUAAGCAAGCAUUUAAAAUAAUGCAUGACGAGGGCCUUGCUUUAGUUCCUCUCUGGGACGACCAUCAGGGAACCAUAACAGGCAUGCUCACUGCAUCCGAUUUUGUAUUAAUGUUGAGAAAGUUGCAGAGAAACAUAAGGGCUCUUGGCAAUGAAGAGCUUGAAAUGCAUCCUAUUUCUGCUUGGAAAGAAGCAAAACUGCAGUUUUAUGGUGGGCCUGAUGGUGCUGCUGUGCAGAGAAGGCCAUUAAUUCAUGUUAAGGAUUCAGAUAAUUUAGUGGAUGUGGCACUGACUAUAAUCAGAAAUGAAAUAUCUUCAGUUCCUAUCUUUAAGUCGUUGCCAGAUUCAUCAGGGAUGCCUUUGCUUAAUCUUGCAACCCUUCAGGGGAUUUUGACAUUUCUUUGCUCGAAGCUACAAGAACAGCCUGAAGGUUAUUCUCUUCUACACAAUCAGCUUCUCAAUAUUCCUAUUGGUACUUGGUCUCCACAUACAGGGAGAACAAGUAACAGACUGCUCAGAACUUUGCCAUUGAGUUCUCCAUUAAAUUCCUGCCUGGAUCUGCUGCUUCAAGAUAGAGUAAGCUCAAUUCCUAUAGUUGAUGACAAUGGAUCCCUCCGUGAUGUCUACUCACUCAGCGAUAUCAUGGCUCUGGCGAAGAAUGACGUCUACGCUCGCAUUGAACUUGAACAAGUAACUGUGCAAAACGCAUUGGAUGUGCAGUACCAGGUGCAGGGCCGAAGACAGUGUCAUACUUGUUUGCAGACGAGUACCUUGCUUGAAGUCUUGGGGAAAUUGUGUAUUCCAGGGGUGCGGCGGGUGGUUAUUAUUGAACAAAGUACCAGAUUUGUGGAAGGAAUCAUCUCACUGAGAGACAUAUUUACAUUUCUUCUUGGAUAGCAUCUGUGUAGCCAUUCCAUACAUGAAAGCUUCUUGUACCUGAUUUGGACAAAAUAAAAAAAAGGUUGUUGGAAAUGCGAUAGUUUUCCCUUUUGGUCUC